AUGAGGAUUGAGGAAGUGCAGUCGACUUCGAAGAAGCAGCGCAUCGCCACCCACACCCACAUCAAGGGCCUCGGCCUCGACGUAGCUGCCCCCGCUCCUCCGCUCCUCCUUCCUCCCCCUGUAGUUCCUCACUGUUUUUUCCCCUUACGGGAGCAGGCCAAUGGGAUGGCGAUUGCGUUGGCGGCAGGGUUCGUGGGCCAGGCGGCGGCGCGCGAGGCGGCCGGGCUGUCGGUCGACAUGAUUCGCCAGAAGAAGAUGGCCGGCCGCGCGCUGCUCCUUGCAGGGCCCGCCCGCCACUGGCAAGACGGCGCUAGCGCUUGGCAUAGCGCAGGAGCUCGGCAGCAAGGAUCAGAAGUGUACUCCACAGAGGUCAAGAAAACUGAGGUGCUGAUGGAAAAUUUCCGUAGAGCUAUAGGUUUGCGUAUGAAGGAAAACAAAGAGGUUUACGAAGGAGAGGUUACUGAACUUUCCCCAGAAGAGGCCGAGAGUACAACCGGUGGAUAUGCAAAAAGCAUUAGCCAUGUAAUCAUUGGCCUAAAGACUGUUAAAGGGACUAAGCAACUGAAGUUAGAUCCUUCAAUUUAUGAUGCUUUGAUCAAGGAAAAGGUGGCAGUAGGUGAUGUUAUAUACAUCGAAGCAAAUAGUGGAGCAGUGAAAAGAGUUGGUAGAUGUGAUUCUUUUGCUACAGAAUACGAUCUUGAAGCUGAAGAGUAUGUUCCUAUCCCCAAAGGUGAAGUCCAUAAGAAAAAGGAAAUAGUGCAGGAUGUCACACUUCAUGACCUUGAUGCAGCAAAUGCUCAGCCACAAGGCGGCCAAGAUAUUUUGUCCCUUAUGGGCCAGAUGAUGAAGCCACGAAAGACUGAAAUCACCGAAAAGCUACGCCAAGAGAUUAAUAAGAUAUAUUGUGAAGGAAUUGCAGAGCUUGUACCUGGUGUUUUGUUCAUUGAUGAGGUCCACAUGUUGGAUAUUGAAUGCUUUUCUUAUCUUAACCGUGCACUGGAGAGCCCAUUAUCACCAAUUGUGAUACUUGCUACGAAUAGGGGAAUAUGUAAUGUAAGAGGAACUGAUAUGACAAGUCCACAUGGUAUGCCAGUGGAUCUUCUAGAUAGGUUGGUGAUUAUUCGGACAGAAACAUAUGGUCCUACUGAGAUGAUACAGAUAUUGGCUAUCCGAGCACAAGUGGAAGAGAUUGAUAUCGAUGAAGAAAGUCUUGCUUAUUUAGGCGAGAUUGGACAGCAGACAUCGUUGAGACAUGCUAUUCAGUUGCUAUCACCUGCCAGCGUGGUCGCAAAGACUAAUGGAAGAGAAAAGAUCUGCAAGGCUGAUCUCGAGGAAGUUAGUGGGCUCUAUUUGGAUGCCAAAUCCUCGGCUCGCCUGCUCCAGGAGCAACAAGAAAGAUACAUCACCUAG